GUCUAACCGAACGUUACGCUCUAAUCAGAUAAGAAAUAUAAUCGCUUUUUUCUAUGCACAUCGAAAGAAAGUGGAAGUAAAUUGUCCAAGAGACACCGGAAACUGUUCAGUUCCGUAUAUAAAUUGGUUUUGUCGCCGUUACCGGCUCAGUUUGUUGCGAAACACCACCUAAUCCGGAACACGUGUACAUGGAACAUGAAGUCAUUCGCCAGUAUAGUUGCAAUUUGCUGCCUAGCAUCAGCAAAGGCACUUCCAAGUAUCGGCCAUCACCAUCACCAGCUUCAAGGAGUACCUGACCUCCAACAGUUCGCUGCAAUCAAGUACCCGCACUUCAUGCUCAUACACCUCGGGGAGUACUCCAAGGGUCAUGUACCUGGGCCUGAGAUCCACGAGACCAAACAUAUUACGGUCAAGGAACCUCAACCUUAUCCAGUGCAUAUCCCCGUCCCGCACCCUUACCCAGUCCCAAUUCACAAGCCAUAUCCCGUGGUAGAGACCAAAUACAUCAAGGUACCCCACGCAGUACCUUACGAAGUGGUCAAGAAGGUGCCAGUUCCUAUUGAAGUGCCAAAGCCAUAUCCAGUGGAAGUACCGGUCCAUGGACAUGGUUGGGAUCAAAAUGAUGCUGGAACUGGCAAUGUUGCUAUCACGGCGAAGCAAGAUGUUGAGAAUGAUUUUGGAGGUGAGCAGCAGCAAUUGACCUCAAGUGAUGAAAAUGGUGAGUUAGAGCACAAGUGAUUUCUCAUUAUUGGCGAAGAAGCUCUACGUGCAUGUUUCAGAAACAUUGCGAAAAUACAAUGUUUAGUGAACAUGCAGACUGACUUACCUGUUCCAUAUACGUGUGUGAUGUUCCCUAGGUUUAGCGG